AUGGAUCGAUCGAACGGCCGUUGCCACGAUGUUUCCCUCCAAGGGCCACCAGAAACGGUUCCCUCAAUUCGAUCCUUUUGUCACCCCGUCACACGUCGCUCGGCUCAUCCGCUAGCGAUUAGGGCUCUACAUAAGGCUAGCCGUUCCUCUCCAACUCCGUCCAUUCUGCCUUCUUCCAGACGUGGAAGGAUAAUAUGCACACUCGUUUGCACCAUUCAGCGUCCGGCCUCUCUUCACUCCACAGAGGGUGUCGCUCUCCUUUCCUCCAAUCGCCGCCCAAGCUGCUCAACUUCGUCUAAUCCAUCGCCGUUAGUAGGAGCGUGGAGACGGCCGCAAACUACGACACGGGGGAGGCCCUGCCAAUCAGCCUCCAGCACCGGCACCGAUGAUGACACCGCUGACGAGUUGGCACAAAAGGAGUCAAUCGAUCCGGCUCUUCAUCAUAGCCUCUACGAGGGCCCCCCAGAUGGCACGGAUGAGGACCCGUCGGACGUUUCGUCCGAUUAUUGGGGUUCCGCACACACAAAGACCAAGAAACUCAAGUUGCGGACUGCGUGUCAUGUUCGGCGCUCACACCAGGAAGAUAUUGCGCGAGGAAGGCGCCAGAUCCUGCCGCUGAUUCAAAAUGGAGAGCUCGAUCCCGAGAAGGCGCUCCAAGGGGCGUCCGCGAAGGAUCUGCACCGGUUCUGGAAUUGGUUCCUUGGGAAGCGGGAUCGUGGAAAGAGGAGGGGGGUGCAAACUCAAAGGCACAAAGGAGACAAGUUCGCUCGCUGGCGACUGGAAGUGUUUCUCAAGGGUAACUACAGGAAAGUGACAGGGAAUCAAGUCAGUGAGGAGAGUGCGUCCGCGCGAUCCCGUCUGCAUGUCCAUGCAACACCGACGUCCGCUGAUAAAAGGGCCGAUGAACAAACAUAG